GACAAAACACCACAAAUCUACUGUAGUUCAACAUUAUCGUUACUGAAAAUUUCCCAGCACUCCCAACAAGAGCUGCGUGUCAUUCAACUCAUAGCCAACCUGCUGCCAUAAAAACACUCCUAACUUGCUCGAAGAACAAAACAGCUGGAGGGUUUUAGCGCAGCUAUACGGAAGCCGGUGUUACUUUGUUAAACAUGGCUGACGACUUUGGCUUUUCGGCCUCCGACAACGGAGUUCACGCAGAAGAGGAUCCGGCCGCGGCGUUUCUGGCCCAGCAGGAGAACGAGAUCGCCGUGAUCGAGAACGACAGCGCCGGGUUCGGAGCGCUGGAGGACGGCGGACCUCCGCCCGCGAACACCUACACGUUGUUCGGAGACGAUUUUGGAGAGGCACCGGCUACUGCUGUAAACGGCGAUAUGUUUCAAGAGACCAACGGCACGAAUGACAGCUACUCAGCCAUUGCCCAAGUCGACAUGCAGAGACAGGAACCUGAGAGCCUGCGCAAAUGGAGGGAGGAACAAAAGGCUCGGCUGGAGGAAUUAGAUGCAGCCUCUAAAGCAGCCGAGGCAGUGUGGAGGGACAAGGCCCGGAAGGAACUGGAGGACUGGCAUGUACACCAGAAUGAACAGAUGGAGAAGAAUAAAGCCAACAACAGGAUCGCUGAUAAGGCUUUCUACAAACAGCCCAACUCUGAUGCCAUAGGCUUUGUAGUGUCAGAGGAGGCCUUCCUCAAGGAGUGCGAUGACGACAGUCCUGGAACAGAAUGGGAGAAAGUGGCCCGUCUAUGUGACUUCAACCCCAAAACCAGCCGCCAGACUAAAGACGUGUCUCGGAUGCGCUCCGUUCUUAUUUCUCUAAAACAGACACCCCUGGUUCGCUAACGUAUUUCCCUCUUGUACUUCUAGGCUUUCUUUCUGGUUCCCUCUUGCACUUUAUUCUUAGUGAAACUGAACACUUUUAUAGAUUUAAGCUUUUACGUUUUCUUAAAAAGGGUCGUUGGAUAUGUACGCUUUACUGUAUUUAAACUUCCUAUUUAUGUACCCUGGUGUUUUGCGAAGACUUUCGGCUGUUCCAUAUGUUAAAGAACAUGUGCCUCGAUCCAUUCAAAACAGGUCAAGUAUUUUGGUUAGAUUACAAGUUAUUGUACGAUUGUCACAAUAUUUGCUGAGCCCUUUAGACAGCAUUAAUUCACCACCACCGAUAAGUGACUUCAUCGCAAAUGGAAGUGUUUAGGUUACAUUCUCCACAUGAACAGAGUUUAGUUACCAUCUUUCACCCUAAAUAGUAUUUUUGUUUUUUUACCAUUUAUUUGUCUUCCUAAGUUGAAUGUUGUAUUGCAAUCAGUAUCUGGUGUAUUUGCGUAUUUCUGUUCACUGCCAAGAGGGAUGUUACAUUUCUGAGCUUGCUAGGAUUCUUGAUUUAUUAUAAUUAAUGCAUUACCACUAUUCAAAUAAUUAAUAGCGCAGUUUUUUACUCAAUAUGCAUGUUGCCCAUAAAAGCUUGUAUUAAACACAAAAUAGAAGAAAUCUUGUACAGAUGAAGGAGAAUUACUCAGAUUUAACCUGCUAAUAUACCACUGCACAGAAAGCGUUCAUGGCACAUUAAGCACACAUCUGUGCUUACACAGCGCUUAAUGUUUUCAGUUAUGUUACUAUGUACACAAGGGACUAAUAAUACGUUUGAACCACGUGCUUUUCUAGUGUAGUUUGUAAUUGUGGCCCCGGUCCACAGCAAUGAAUCACGUGCCUAAACCUUUUCUCACUGUGAGACUUACUGUCUAUCUGUAGGCCUUCAUCAUUCAAAGCUGCCAAAACCGCUAGAAAUUAAACGUAGCGCAGUACGAUAAUGCAGGUAGUUGUAUUUUUACAUAAACAUGCUGGAAUUAAAACUGCUUUUUAUAGACCAGAUUUUGAAUUUGUGAUACUAAUUGUUACUUAAUGACACACGUUUACAUGUUAGCUUAAGUUAGGCCUCCUUUCUAUUGGCAAUUUUAGUUGGCUUUCAUCGUACAUUACAACAAGUGAUAGUUAAUAACCAAAGAACUUAUCUGUAUGUUGUUGACUCCGUUUCAAUUACACUUUGGGUUCUAAUUGAACAAUCUAAUGAAAAUUCAUUUGUAAUUUAAAAUUGGUUGGAUUUGUCAAUUGCCCUUUUAUAGAUAUCUUAGUCUUUACCCUGAUUCCAAAAUGUGUGUGCAUCAGUGCAGAACAUGCAAUAAUUAUUCUGUAUUUAAUAACACAUUAAAUAAAAUAAAUUCAUUAAAAAAAC